AUGUGUCUGUAUCCACCAAACAAGCGUAAUUGGCGUCUUUAUUCUCUUCUUGAGCUUGAUGAUUCAGUCACUACGAAACAGGUGAAGUGGUACUUCCGUAGGGUCUCACUGCGUAAUCAAUACCAGCAGGCCUAUUUUGUGCUUUACAGCCGUGCGCGAAAGCAUUUAUACGACGCCGUUGGCGAGGAUGUGUAUGGCUUUAUUGUCAGUGGUGCGUGGGGGCCACUCAUCUCAUUCCUCGGCGCCACCGGCUCCAUCGUCAUGUACUGUAUCACCAUGUUGAUCCAGGUAGUACUGCUCAGCAUCUUCUUUGUGUUCCUCGGGGCAAAGGUUGAGAAUAUCAUCACUUUCGAAUGGAGUAUUGUGAUCCUUCCGCUCAAAGUCUUCGGAUUGGUUAUGUGUUUUUUCACAUUUAUUUCUAUUCUUGUGAACCUGUUUAGCUCGAAAACCUACAAAGAGGGCUUGAGCCUUGUCGAUCGCCUUUCUCCGUUUGGAAAUUGCUUUGCAUCGGUGUGCUAUUCUUGCUUACCCUUCGUGAUAGGCUCUGCCGUAUCGAACGAAUAUGAUAAAGGGGUUGGACAUUACAUGAUGUACAUGAGCAUGCCUAUCUUAGGUGAUGUCUUGUACUAUUUGACAUCAUUGAUUUGGCGUUGGCCCCAGCGCAUUCGCCUCCAGAUGCAAAUCAAUGACAACAAAAGGAGGUCAUCAAUUUGCUACGGCAUUUUUCUAAUGGCCUUCCUUAACAUGGGCUGUGGCAUCGCGCAAUGGGUCCUGUUAGGGAAGAAGCUAGAUAGAAAAAUCGAGUCCUCGUGGUAUAUAGUUUUUAUUCCCUUCUGCUUCCGCGCCGGCAUUCGCGUGCUGGAGGCUUUGUUACGUAGUCUAAUGCGGUACUCAAUGUGCGUCCGAAACAAGUCUGGUGUCGCGUUCGAUGUCAUAGGUUCAUUUUUUAGUAAUGGCAUCUUACUCAUCUCCUUAUAUUUUGUAGCGGUGUUCCUCGAGCGAGAGGACCACUUAUUUUCCUUUUUCCUUGCCCUCAUUCCAGUCUAUGCGACGCUCGGGUAUAUCCUCGUCUGUCUAGUCAUCACGAUGAUCGUGCUGCUUUCACGUGUCUCCCGGAGCGUCGCGGCGGAGAAGCGCGCAAACAAGCAGUGGAUCCCACCGGACGAGAGGGAGGUCUCCGUCCUAGGCACCAAGUCCACCGCCAUCGGACGCGAUCUCUAUUCUAACCAGUGGUCUGACAGGGGGGUGGGCAAAGAUGAGGGGGAGGAGGAGGGGUACGCGAGCACGAUCGGCCGCAUCGGGGCACCUUAUGGCUCACCCCUCGCGUUGGAAGGGCCGGUGGUGGAGGCGGAGGAGGAAGAGAUGGAGCCGCCCCGGUCAACUUCCCACGACCCGGAGGAGAAGCGGCGGGAGCCUUCUUGCCACUCCAUCCUCGACCAGGACCCUUUCCUGGAGGAGACCGCAUCCUCCACUGAUGAGUAUGAGAGCUACUACACGAACGAGGAGGGCCCCGCGCUCGAUGCCGAGGGUAGCUAUGAGUAUGUAUCAGAUUAUGAGUAUGUAGAGGAUGAUCGGUCGGGUAGCAUGUCCUCAUCGAUUGUUUCUAGUCCGUUUUUAAAACCUGAGCAGAAGGAAUGA